CAAGGCCAACAACAAAUGUAAAUCCUAUUUUUAUGAGAAUGUAUGUAUGUUUCAGCACUAUGAAACUUGGAUUUGUUGCUGGCUGUAGGCGUGUAAUAAGGGUUGAUGGAGCUUUUCUUAAGGGAGCAUAUAAAGGAGUUUUGCUGGUGGCAGUUGGACGGGAUGCCAACGAUCAGAUGUACCCAUUAGCAUGGGCAGUUGUCGAGGUUGAGAAGACAGAGACUUGGAGAUGGUAUCUGGAAGAACUGCAAUCAGAUAUGCAAAUUGGUAGUGGCAAUAGAUUCACAUUUAUAUUAGACCAACAGAAGGGGCUACUAAAUGCAAUUAAAGAGCUGUUUCCAGAUGCUGAACAUAGAAGAUGUGCAAGACACGUAUAUGCCAACUUCCGAAAGGAUAACCGAGGGAAGGAGCUACAGAGAGCAUUCUGGAAAUGCGCAAAGGCAACCACUAAAGCUGAUUUCAUUAAGGCAUUGGGUGAAUUGACCGACAUUAAACAGAGAACUAGGGCUGCAGUCUUAAAAGUACACCCACAGUUUUGGUCAAAGGCAUUCUUCAAGGAAGACAAUAAGUCAGAUGUAGUUGACAACAAUAUGUGUGAAGUUUUCAAUGGUUUAAUUGUUGAUUCAAGGCACAAGGCUAUUUUCUCAAUGCUUGAAGAUCUUAGGAUGAUGUGUGGUAGGAGGACUGUUGCUAGAAGGACAUUUGCAGAUGAGAAGUUUGUUGGUGAUUUUGGUCCUAAAAUAUUGGAGAAGAUUGUUGCAAGUAGGGAAGGAAGCAAGAGAUGCAGGGUGCUAUGGCCUGGUGGCGCUGGUUAUGAGGUUGAAGAAGAAGACAAGGGUAAAUUUAUUGUUGAUAUGAACAGGAGGACUUGUACUUACAAGUGCUGGAACAUGACAGGCGUACCUUGUAAGCGUGCUGUAAGUGUCAUUAAAUUGAGGAAGGAAAAGAUGAACACUAUGUAAGCCACUGGUAUAGCAAGCAUAUGUUCUUGGCAAGUUACGAAUAUGAAGUUCCUUGUAUUGAGGGGAUGCCACAGUGGAAGGAAACUAGAAUGCCCCCAAUUCAGCCACCAUUGCCUAGGAAAAUGCUAGGCCGACCAAAAAAAAAAAGGGUGUUAGAAGAAUAGGAAGGGCAAACAUCACUCUCUAGGAAAGGAAGGGUGAUGACUUGUAAAAAAUGCUUCAAAACAGGGCACAAUUCAAGGACAUGUAAAGGACAGCCUCAUAACACUGAAGUUGGAAACAUGAAGCUUUUGAAGCCACUGAAGCCACUGAGAACUUGAAUGAUAACAACCCAGUGAGCCAAGCUGAUGAUCCUGCAAGUCAAGUGGUUAAUGAAGAAAGAAGACCUGUCCAGGAGUGAAGAACAGGAGAGAAGAGGAAAAGAGAAAAGAAAUCUGGUAGUCAAAGGCCUACCGUGCAGGAAAAAAGUUCCCAAACAGCAAAGAGCAAGAAGAGGCAAAAGAAAGGAUCAACCUCAUCAGCUACUAGACCGGGGAAAGGUGGACGGUCAAGUGCUAGGGGGUGAAGGUGUUGAUGGUUGUGUUUUUUGCCAUUUGAAGUUGACUGGUGCAUUAGAAAUGAAGCUCUUUUUUUUUUUGUUUUUUGUCAUUUAACCUAUCAUUACAUGUAAACUUAGACAACUUCAUGCGAAUUCCUAUUUUGUAUAUGGUGUAUAUGCUGUUGUGCAUAUGAUGGCUUCAUGGGACAUGUUGUAUGUAUAUUGGUACACCUUUAAUAUCCAGACUGAUGUAAAUGGUGUAAAUAUUUUGGAUUUAACCUUUUGAAAUCAAAAAUUGUUCUUGAC